AUGGAAGCAUCAGUCGCCUACGCUUUAUUUUUGCACCGCCAGGAGCUGCAGCGCCGCCGGAUGCUCUACAUCCAGGUGUCCAAGACCAAGAUCCAGUUGACCAAGGAGCUGAUAGCCGAGCAAAAGCAACGCCUGGCCACCUGCUCACCCGAGGAUCUGCAGAUCCUGAGCAGGGAAACGCAGUUCAAAAGGCAACUUCAGCAGAAACUCAAGCACCGGAACAAACAACUGAAAGCGAUUGCCAAACAGCAGGAGAGGCGGGGCUGA